AUGUCGGAAAAAACACAUCUUGAUCCAGAACCACAACACAAGAAAAACUACAACUUAUACCCUCAUUCUCAUACCGGAUCAGCAGAUACUGUAAUUGAAGAUGCCCCUGGUAACCAGGGAACAUAUGGCGAAACAGAUGUCAAUACUGUUAAUAUUCAAGUUCCUGAAAAGACUAUUCUCCACAAUAUCUCUGGAUUCUGUAAAGAUGGCGAGAUGUUGCUUGUACUUGGUCGCCCUGGCGCUGGUUGCACAACUCUUCUCAAGAUCAUCUCAAACAUGCGCGGAUCAUACACAGAAGUCAAUGGUGAUGUCUCUUAUGGUGGAAUCGAUUCAAAUACAUUUGCAGAUAAAUACCGCGGCCAAGUCUGCUACAACGAAGAAGAAGAUCAACAUUUCCCUACUCUCACCGCAAAGCAAACCCUUCAAUUCGCACUACGUACAAAAACCCCAGGGGCCAGACUUCCCGACGAGUCAAGACAUGAUUUUGUAAACCGUGUUCUCUACAUGCUUGGUAACAUGCUUGGUCUAACUAAGCAGAUGAACACCAUGGUUGGUAAUGCCUCUGUACGUGGUCUUUCUGGUGGCGAGCGGAAACGUCUUUCUAUUGCCGAGCAAAUGACAACAUCCAGCUCUAUCAAUUGCUGGGAUUGCUCUACUCGUGGUCUUGAUGCUGCCUCUGCCCUGGAUUUUGUCCGCUCUCUUCGUAUCAUGACAGAUGUUCUUCACAAGACUACCGUGGCAACGCUUUAUCAGGCAUCCAAUAGUAUCUUCAACCUUUUUGACAAGGUUAUUCUCCUAGACGAUGGCUACUGCCUUUACUUUGGCCCCGUAGAACAAGCCAAGCCAUACUUUGAAAAGAUGGGCUUCUUUUGCCCUCCUCGUAAAUCAGCCCCUGAUUUCCUGACCGGUAUCUGUAACCCAUUAGAAAGAGAAUUCCAGCCCGGAUACGAAAACUCUGUCCCACAGUUUGCACACGAAUUCCAAACUCGCUACAUGGCCUCUGAUAUAUACAAAACCAUGAUGGCUGAGCUAGAAGAAUACGAGAACACAUUCAAGUCUGAUAGUCCGGCUGAAACCUUUAAGCAGGCUAUGAACGAAGAGCACCAGAAGCGGGCCCCCAGCAAGAGUCCCUUCAUUGCAUCUUUCUACCAACAAGUCAUUGCCCUCUUAAUCCGUCAAUACCACCUUCUUAUCAAGGAUAAAGAAGCUCUGUACUCUCGCUAUGGCACUAUUCUCAUCCAAUCUCUUGUCACUGCCUCUAAUUUCUUUAAUCUUCCAUUGACCGGUGCCGGUGCAUUUUCACGCGGCAGUGCUCUCUUCUUUUCUGUUGUCUUCAAUUCUUUUGUUUCUCAAACCGAACUCGUUCGCUUCUUGAUGGGCCGUCCUGUUCUGGAGAAGCAUAAGCAAUAUGCUCUCUAUCGUCCUUCUGCCUUUUAUAUCGCCCAGGUAAUUAUGGAUGUUCCAUAUGCACUCGCUCAAGUCGCACUCUUUGGUGUUUGCUACUACUUCAUGAUCGGUCUCAAUAUGACAGCCGGAAAGUUCUUUACUUUCUUUAUCAACCUAUUCUUUAUCAACAUGACCAUGAACGGCUUCUUCCGUUUCUUUGGUGCGAUAACCAGUAGUUUCUUCCUCGCCACCCAAGUUUCUGGAACUUUGCUAGUCGUCGCCCUCAGCUAUGUUGGCUACACUAUUCCAUACCCCAAGAUGUACCCUUGGCUCUACUGGUUCUACUGGAUCAAUCCUCUGGCUUACGGUUACAAGGCUCUUUUGGUUAAUGAAAUGAACGGCCAAGAAUACUCGUGUGAAGGUCCCGGAAAUGCUGUUCCUUAUGGCCCAGGUUAUGACAACUGGGACUACAAGGUGUGCACUAUGACCGGUGGUGUUCCUGGCGAGAACUUUGUCAAGGGCGAAUCCUACCUUCUUGAAAAGCUGUCUUACCGUCCCUGGGAGGCCUGGGCGCCAGACUUCCUUGUUGUCGUUGCCUACUUUUUGUUGUUUACCGUAUUGUGCGCUCUUUGCAUGGAGUAUAUUAGCACCGGAGGUGGUGGAAACACUACCAAGCUCUACAUUCCCGGAAAAGCCCCUAAAGCCCGCACUGAUGAGGAAGAAAAUGAACGCCGCAAACGCCUUGCCAAGAUCACAGACGAGAUGGACAGUAUCUCUACUGGCACUACUUUCUCAUGGCAAGAUAUCAAGUACACUGUUCCUAUCAAGGGCGGCAAUCUCCAGCUUCUCAAUGGCAUCAAUGGCAUCGUUAAACCCGGUCAUCUUACGGCUCUCAUGGGUUCUUCUGGUGCAGGCAAGACCACACUAUUGGAUGUUCUGGCUCGCCGCAAGACCAUUGGAAGCAUAGAGGGUACCAUUCUUCUCAACGGUGAAGCUCUUAUGAGUGACUUUGAGCGUAUUACCGGUUAUUGUGAGCAGAUGGAUAUUCAUCAACCUGCUGUUACUGUUCGUGAGGCCCUUCGUUUCUCUGCCUACCUUCGUCAAGAUGAAUCUGUACCAAAAUCUGAAAAGAACGAGUAUGUCGAAAAGAUCAUUCAACUUCUCGAGAUGGAAGACAUUGCCGAUGCUCAGAUUGGCAUGCUUGAAUAUGGUUCUGGUAUUUCCGUUGAAGAACGCAAGCGUCUUACUAUUGGUAUGGAACUGGUCGGCAAGCCCCAGCUCCUGUUCUUGGACGAGCCUACUUCUGGUCUUGAUGCUCAAAGCUCUUACAACAUCAUUCGUUUCAUUCGCAAACUUGCUGAUGCCGGUUGGCCUGUUCUCUGUACCAUCCACCAACCUUCGGCCAUUCUGUUUGGUCAUUUCGAUCAUCUCUUGCUACUUGUUCGUGGUGGAAAGACCGCUUACUAUGGUGAGAUUGGUCCCGAUGCUCACACCAUGAUUGAUUACUUCCAGUCCAACGGUGGCCCCACCUGUCCUCCUGCAGCCAACCCUGCCGAGUACAUUCUUGAGGUUGUUGGUGCCGGAACUGCCGGAAAGGCCACUCGCGACUGGUCCGAAGUCUGGGCUGGAUCCAAAGAAGCCAAAGCACUCGAUGAAGAACUUGCUGAGAUCAACAGAUCGGCCGAUAUGAACCCUACCCGCGUUUCUCGAGCUUAUGCUACAUCAACCUGGACUCAGUUUAAGCUUGUUCACAACCGAAUGGCUUUGGCUUAUUGGCGUGCGCCUGAUUACAACUUUGGUCGCUUCUUGAACAUUCUUUUGACUGCUUUGAUACACGGUUUUACCUACUGGAAACUUAAGAACUCCUCUUCAGAUAUGCAGAAUAAGCUUUUUGCUCUGUUCAGUACCUUUAUUAUGGCCAUGACUCUUAUCAUUCUCUCUCAGCCAAAGUUUAUGACAGAGCGUAUUUUCUUCCGACGUGAAUACGCAUCUCGCUACUACAGCUGGUUCACCUGGGGUAUCUCUACUGUGUUGGUAGAGGUUCCUUAUGUGUUUGUGUUUGCUGCAUUCUUCCUGUUUUGCUUUUACUGGACUGCGGGUAUGACCAUGUCAUCCGAGGCUACCGGUUACUUCUACCUUAUGCUGGUCUUACUCGUCUUUUGGGCUGUAACUUUUGGAUUUGUUAUUGCUGCCGCAUCCGAGCUCCCGACCGUGGCUGCUGCUCUCAACCCUCUUAUGUUGUCCUUGCUUAUUGUUUUCUGUGGCUUGAUGCAGCCCUAUUCGGCCAUGCCAACUUUCUGGAAGAGAUGGAUGUAUUGGAUUGAUCCUUUUCAUUAUUAUAUCGAAGGUCUGGCUGUAAACGAGCUGGAGUCUCUCACUGUUGUAUGUAAAGACGAAGAUCUCCUUAAAUUCUCGGCUCCUCCUGGACAAACCUGUGGUCAAUAUAUGGCAAACUUCUUUUCUAAUGGAGGACUUGGCUAUAUUGACAACCCUGAUACAGUGGGACCUGAACUAUGUGGUUACUGCACAUAUAAGUCUGGCGAGGAGUACUAUUCCAGUGUCUACGGCUGGGAGGCAUCUAACAAGUGGCGUAACAUUGGAAUCAUUGCUGCCUACUUUGGGUUCAAUUCUCUUGUCAUGCUUGUCUUGGUUUACUGGCGAAGAAAGGCCAAACGAUAGAUGUCUAUUGGUCAUCAAACAUUCUGCUCAUCUUGCUUUAUUUUAUUUUUCAACUCUUAUACUCAUAAGCAUAUACACAGCAUACUUUAUAUAUCUCUAUAGAUUUCUUAUAUCCGUGAAACUCGGAAUGUACUUCUUUUACUGCUUUACUAUAAUAAUUUUUUAUUCUUUUCAAAAAACAAAAAAAAAGUCUAUUGUAUAAUUCUUUCUUUGCACAUAUUAAUUAAUUAAAUAAAAAAUAUAUAUCAAAC